AUGGUUGCAAAGAGGAGACCUGGAAUUGUACUCACAUUAAACAGCAAAAAACCAACAGUCAUUGAUGAAGUUGACACAUCCGAAACCUUGAGCAAAGAUACUUAUAUGAGCAUCAUUGACUCCAUCAAUGACCUUAUUGAUGAAGACUAUGGUGUAGCAAUUAUUGGAGAUUUUAUAAAGCUGCCUCCUAAAAAAUUGUAUCCCGAUUAUUAUCAAUUAAUUGAGUCCCCAAUCUCCUUAAAUGAGAUAAAAGCGAAGGUUAAAAAGUCGGACCGCUACUCAGUUCAAGAAUUCCUGAAGGACUUUCAAUUAAUGGCAAACAAUGCCAAUACUUAUAAUGACCCUCAAAGCUAUAUUGCGAAGAAUGCCAACAAGAUAUAUGAAUUUGUUGAAUCUAAAAUAGCAGAUAUCAUUUCGAAUUCCAAGGGCUCUGAAACAUCACACACGAAGAAAAAAGUCAAAGCAGCAAAGCGAGCAGAAGGGGGAGCUAAUGAUGGUGGUCAGGAUUAUACUGUUGACCUUAAAAACAUUUUGAAAUCAAUCAUAAACUAUAAGGUCCCUUCUAGAGGCAAGUUAUCGACACCGUUCAUGGAUCUUGUAGAUGGUGAGAUGUAUCCAGACUACUACAAGAUCAUCAAAGAGGGAAUGUCAUUCAACUUGGUCAAACAAAAGCUUGACGAUGGCGAAUAUGCUGAUGAUAAAGAUGGAGUUGUCAGUUUCAAGCACGAUAUUAACCUUAUUUUCGCUAACGCCCAAACUUACAAUCACGAGGAUAGCCUUCUUUACCAAGAUGCGGUGAUUCUUCAAAAGUUUGCAAAGGAAAAAAUAGAAAAGCUGGAGUCAUCAAUUUCAUCAUCAUCAGAGCUAGAAGAUGCUUCUCUUGACGAUUAUGACAGCAAAAGUCUACCUAGGUCUAAAAAAACAAAAAUUACUGUCAAGAAAGAGGACAAUAAGAAAAAGAAGUUACCAAAAUCGAGAAAGAGAACGAUCCACGAUGUGGAAGAGGAGGAUGAAGAGAAUGAGGAAAGCGGACAAGAUUCUGACGAUGAUGAGCAAAUUUCUGAAGAUGACGAAAGCGUAAGACGUGCUAAGCGCACCGACACUCAUGAAUACAAUGUUGAAUAUCCGGUAGAGGAGGGAAGUCUUUCAGAAGAACCGGCCUUCAUACAAGGUCACGAAAAAAAGGCACAAACGAAUUCUCAUGUCAAGCAGAUCACUAUCUCGUCCAGCACUAAAAGUUAUUCACAAACAGAUUCUGACAGACUCUAUGAACUCACCUUCUUGAACCCUGAUACGAUGAAUGCAAUAACACUCCCAUCUGACAUUGUGGGACAGCCUUUUGUUGUCUUCGUAUCGCUUUCGAACUCCAUCAUAAACGAGCGCUAUCACUCUGAACUGAGAGUGAAUAAUGAAACGGUAAAGCCAUUUCCAAUUGCAAUAUCUUAUGAUGGUAAAGGUGAGAAUGACUUUUUGGCUGCAAGAUAUGAGAUCAAAGCUGGCUACGGAAUUAAUCUAGUCGAAUUCAUUCUCAAAGUACCAGAACUCAAAGACACUGCUAAAGGAGAGACCUUAGCGGAAGAGGAGUCAAAGUUUCGUCGCCGAGCUGCUGCUUUGAGUCCUAUCAAUGCAACUAUUAAUGCGGAAGACAAGAACUACGAUGUCCAAAGAAUCAAGAUAUGGAUAAACGUUUCUCAAUAA